GUUGCCUGGCCGAGAAAGAAGAGAUUAGUAAGUAAGUAAAUCAGAUUGGAGUCUAAUCUGAUGCGGUGACUCAUGUCAGCAAGCAUUAAAGUCUCAUGGAAAGUCACCUGAGCACGCAAAGCACAUCAUUUGACGAUAAAACGAAGAAAAUACUGUAACUGUAAAUGAAGCAUCUCAAGAGUCAGUCAGGGAAACACAGGAUUGUGCAAGUAAACAUCCUAAAAUUAACAUUAACUAGCACUACCAUAGUAAGAAGUACUUAACUAUGGUACUUAAGUCGAUUUUUCAAGUGCGUACUUGUAUUUUACUUAUUUACAUUUGUGUCGUCCUACUUUUUCAGUCCCUACAGACUAGUUAAUUUGUCAAAAUAUACUUAGAUAUAUUUUUUCAACCUUUGCAGAUGACAACAUGAUGUAUAAAAAGGACAUAAAUAGAGAGAGGCAUAGUCAGCCCCAGUUGAGAUUUUGAUUGAUAAAGUGAUUGAUUGAGAUCUUGGGAAGGCAGCACGUGAACAGGAUGUUGUUGUCUGCUCCAAGAAUGAUUCGGGGUGAAUUGAUAGCAUCUUGUGCUAGCCUAAAAACCAACAGCUUCCGGCAUUCCAAAGUUGUCCUUUCGAGAAAACGACAUACAGGAAAAACAACCUAUCAGAUACAAAAGGCAUAACUGACGAGGUGUCAAUCAUUUGCCAUGGACCCUCGGGCAGACUCCGAUCACUUGCAUACCCCUGCGGCCUCGCGCUGGCCAGUCAGCUUGGGCUUCAGGAGCGUUGCUCAAACUAUGUCGGAAAAUACCCCAAAAUGUCUAUCCCUCAUUUCCGAACAAUUGGGCGCAAGACGAGCAACACGAUGCAGAGCAACGGACCUCAGGCAGCUGAGAAUUCAGAAGUAAGGCGGAAUUAGCAACGUUUCCCCUCGACAGGUAUGUUCAUCACCUUUUAGAUUUGUAAUUGAUAGGAAUGGGAAUUUGUACAUUCCGAAAAACUGAUAACAUUUAGUCUACUCCAUUAUGAAUAAGUCAUGCUACCAAUGUAGCAGCCAAGGCUAAUGUCAGCAUGUUUACAGUACUAAUGCUACCUUAGUAUUGGUAACACUGCUAGUUUGUUGAAGCCGGACAGCCUUCUCUGUGACUAUUUAUCACAACUACACACUUUCAUAAUCGUAUGCCAUUAUGAAUUUGCAAUUUAUGGCCACAUGUCACUUUUUGACUGGGGCUUGGUAAACACUUCCUGUGUAAUAAGCCAGCAGCAGGCCGAGCAUGCACGCACCUGUCACACAUUUCAGCCAUAUACAAAAAACAAUUCAUUGUACAGUAAAGGUGUGGUUCUCAACAAGGUCGCAACCCACUGUUAUAGAAAUGAAGAAAAAUAAAGCAUUUUUUAAAAUUUAAAAAUAGCUUCUGAAAACACAUGUACACUACGUUAUAUGUUUAAAUGCCGUUAGUUUAAGGUUUCGUUGAAAGGGAAUCACGACUUUACCUGCCUCUGUCACGGGGGGUGACGUCACGGUGUUGUUCGCCCUCUUCGGCCGAAAAGUUUGACAAAAAGGACAAGUGUUUCUAAAGAUUGUUCGAAAUGUGAACCAGGCUCAAGACCUGAGUGUUGCUUUUUGCUUUCGCUCCACUUCUAAACGCCUCGAAACUUCGAACGAGACAUGUGGUCAAAUAGCAAUGAUGGCCUCAUCACCUAUCAUGUACCGUUUGAUAACCGACUUCUGGUAUCUGAGGUGGCAGAGUCCAAGUGCCCGCGUCCUGAGGUGAGACUGUGCGCGCCAGUGAAGAAUAGGAACACGAGUGGGUGCAUUAAACAGAAUAAACGUGAUGAUGCCACGGCGGUGCAGGGACCCAGGCUGCGGAGAGGGGCUCUCUCUUAUGCCUCCACCAGGCGAAUCCAGGUAAAGAUGGAAGCUGAAAUUCAAGAGGCAAAAGAACUGAUUCGACCUUUGCUGGACACAGAAAAGGAGUUGGAGAAUUUUCUGAGCAGGCACGAUGAAGCCAAGGCAAUGAAGAGGGAGGUGAUGCGCAAGGUUUUGCAUGAGGAAGUGUGGGCCCCGCUCCAAAAGAAGCUCGACUACCACAUGGCCAUCUGCAACCCGGCCGAGAUCAAGACACGCCAAAACUUGUAUGAACGAUUCCUCCAGCACGGAAACGCCAAGGGCUACGUGUUUUUAGAUACGUGUGACCUGAAUGAAUACAAUCCGUAUCUCCUCUAUGGCAAAAAGCCACACAAGUGCAAGCUGAUGGCGGCUGAGCUGAAGGAGAUGGAAUUAUUAUACGAGAGGUCCAAGAUGAAGAAGACUCGCUGUGAAGCAGGAUGUCUGUACAAGUGGAUCAGUCAGAGCAAGGUCCAAGACGGCGACUAUGUGACCCCUGUGAUCACCUCAUUCCAUGUCCAGUCAGCAGACAAGGGCCACACGAAUCACACGAGGUCCAGCCUGGAUGUACCGUACCAUGUACGCGAGACCUCCACACUGGAUGGCACAUGCCAUCACGGCGGCUGCUGGUUCUCCAGAUGAGUAGCGCUUUCUUCACUUCACAUCAAUGAAGUUCAUUUUAUCAACCCAAUAGCCACCUGUCAGUAUUACACACGCAUAGAUACAAGAACACUGGUGGUUAAUAUUGAAGCCCCAACAAAGAGGACUGUUUGUAUGUACAAUGUACAGGACUGCACAGCAUGUACAAUUUAUUAAUUUAGCAUGAUGAAUUUCACACAGGAUUGACAGUAUGCUAUGCUGUUUGCAUUGUGUCCAGAAGCUAAAACAGACCCGGCAUGUUUGUACUAAUAAAAGCAGGUCAGUUAAUGCAUUGUUAAAUACCUCUUUGACAUUGGAAAUGAUUGUAUCUGUAAAGUCUUGAUUGUGAGUAGAUGGUGUGGGUGUACCUAAUGUUGUGGCUUGUAAGUCGCAUGGUUGUUUGUUUAAAAAAAGAAAAAAAAAAGAAAAAAGUAUUCCAGUGUGCUGCCAAUCCUAUUCACUUUUCCAGAACAAGGUUGCUAGUAUGUGAAGGCACUUGUGAAUGGGGGUUUUGCAGUCUUAUAUGACACAGGGGCUCAGAAGUAUCAUUUGGGUGGAGGCUCAUAGAGCUGCAGGUCCAGCUUGACCCAAACUUCUCCAGUGGGGACCUCGUGGAGCAGUAGGCGGCGACUGGCGGCACCUUUGCUCUCCAGUUCCUUCUUGAUAGUUGCCACGGGAACCUCAGUGCGGCCAAGGAAAUCUAAUGGGAAAAAAAUGGUUACAAAAAUAAAUAAAUAAAUUUGUAUUUUUUUUUAAAGACAGAAAGUGAA